UUUUUCAACAAUACAUAGUAUUUCUUUCAGAAAUGAGAAUAUCAUUUCUUUAACAGCCAUAUUAUAGAUGACACGGCUUAUGAUAAGGGUUAGCUGCAGAACUGUAGCUCUCCGGGAAGAAAAUAUUGACAGACCGGACUGUCAAUAUUUUUUUUCCCGGAGAGCUACAGUUCUGCAGCUAGAUAAGGGUUGUCCAUAUUUCUGAUACACUGUACAAUAACUAAAUUUUAGAACGCUUUUUUAAAGGGCAGUCCUUAUGCAAAUGACCAAAACUGUACAAUAACUAAAAUAAAUAACACUUUUUUCAGAGUUUAGAAAUAAACAAACCAGCAUUGACAAAUGAAAAUAAAUGAUUAAAAAAAAAGCCUAUGGUUUAACAAAAUUUAUAGUUUAUAUAGUGAUUAAAAUUAUGUGACUUUUUUGAGGUCAUAAGAACGGCAAAAUUUUUAUUUUAUAAAAUGAAUUUUUUAACCAAGGCUUCACUAAUUUAUAGGAAAAUAGGUGUAAGGUAGACAAAAAACGUUGUACAUGUACAUACAUGUAUCUAUUUAGGAAUUUACAUUACGAAAAUUUCUGCCUUUAGGGCACGGUUUAUAAUUAAAUGCUUAAAUUAAUAUUUAGGUUCUCGGUUAUGAUGCAAAUUCAUCAUCUAAAUGUACAUUUUGUUAACUCGUUAUAACUAUAAUGAAUUAUGGAUUCAGAAUAGUAUAUUGACAGAUCCCUAUAGGACUUAGCUGUAACAAGUUUUAAUAGUGUUGAUGAAUGUAUUUCUGGUGAUGGAAAGUAUUUUGCUUUUACACAUAGAGGUCACAGCUUGUCUUCAGAUGCCUCUAAUUAACCAUGGUUGUGCAAAUCUAACAUACAUUGUGCAAAGAACAUGUAUUAAGCUCUGCUUUUGUUCCAUGUUCCUUCUAACCUCUGACUCUUAAGCCAUCUUUUCAUUCAUUUGAUCAACAAUUUUCAUUUGAUUAAUUUGUUUAGGAAAAGGGGAAAUGCACAUAUACAUGUAUACUGUGGUUUCAUUAAUAUUCAAGGGUAUCAUUUUUCGUGGAUAAAGUGAAAGUCACAGUUUCAAGGAUACGUAAAUUCGUGGCCAAUGACCCUAUCAAUACAAAGUUUUAAUAGAAAUUGCACUUCAAUGAACACUUUAUUUCGUGGAUAAAUUUAAUAACGAAAUCCACAAAAAUUGGUAUUCAAUGAAUAUUGAUGAAACCACAGUAUGUAGGAAUAAGGAAUAAAGUUUGUACUUCAGCAUAGUUUUCUAUAUUGGGUUUUUGUAACGCAUUUCAUUUCACUUAAGUUUUUCUGAUUCUCAGCCUCAAAGUAUUUUUUUUUUCAUCAUAACAAUGUUAUUUAUCCUUCAAACUUUACAUAUGAAGUGAAAUAGAAAUAAAAAAUUUUUAUGGUAACCACACAUUUUACGAAGUUAUUACAAUUUUGGCCAAAAUGGAUAUAAUGGAAUAAAUAUACAGGUUGAGUUCAAAUUAGAAAAAAAGGUUGUACGAGUGCAUCGAUGGCUCAAACCCCUUUACCUCUAAGUAGUAGGUCUCUGAGGAGCCGCUAGACCAAGCAGUCCGCUGAAUAGCUGUGGGUAAUAUUAACACUACAAGACUUAUUAAAUUUCUAUAUAAAAGGCAGCUUUAUGGUACGAAUAAAAAAAAUUCUGGAUAAUUAAGAGUUAUCGAACAUUGCUGAGGAUCAGAGAUCGUUAACAUGCAACUCUUUUGAUGAAUUGUUUAAAUGUAUCUGCAUUAUUCCUGUUGACUUAGUGUGUACAAGGAAUUUAUUGAGCCUCUCUAAUCACGGCAUUAGGUACAUGAUUUAUUAAAAAGAGGAAGGGGAGGAGGUUCUGCAAAGUUUAUUCAAUACUGUAGAUUCCUAAUUAAAUGCGAGGAAUUAAUUUCUGCAUAAAAUCGCUAGAGGUAAUCCUCGCAAAUUUUAAAAUCUUGCUUUUAUUUUUAACACAGUUUUCAACUAUAGAAAAUUAUAACAAAAAAUUGCUGAUCGUGAUUUUAUAUUCUUGCGAUUUGAUACAAAACAGCAGAAUCGCGGAAUUAAGUACUGGAUUAAAAUAAGGAAUUUACAGUAAAUCACCUUAAACCAUGACUAGAGAGACUCAAGUAAAGCAAUGUAAAGUCAAAGUGAAUAAAAGUUAGUUUACAGUGAACCAACUUUUUUUCCAUGAUGACUUUACUCUGCAAUUUGCUUGUGAUAAAUUGGUCUGUGACGACUAAUUUUUACGAUGAGUAUAAAAAUAUAUAAAUACAUGUACAAGAUGUAUGAGAUGACUCAUUCACAGCAAGAAAUAUUGGGAAGAAGGAAGAUCUCACAAGUUUCCUACAAAUUUCUUGCUUGCAAAAAUAGGUGGUUUUCCUGGAAGUAAAAUAUUUAAGAAGUUUGAUGCAAAUAACUCGAUCUAAAAAAAAGGCUUGGCAAAUUUUCAAGAAAUAUCAAGAUGGUAUUUGCUGAGCAGAGUUUCAUAAAAAAAAAAUCUUAUUUAUAUUAUAAAUUGUUUUGUUGUCUUUUUUUUGUAGGCAGUAUAAUUUCAUCCAUUCAGUUGAAAUCCCCAGUGACCUUUACGUAUGCCCACCAUUAUGGACCGGUGUAUUCUGCAGAGUUCUCUCCAUUUCACAGGAACGCUUUCCUGACUAGUUCCAUGGAUCAAACACUACGACUGUACAGCAUGCUACAGAAACAACCCAUCAUGACUUUAGAGCCCGGUGAGGGGGUUAUCUACUCAACGAAGUGGUCCUUCAGCCGGCCCGCAUUGUUUGCUGCCACCACCGACACCGGCCUGUUGUUACUGUACGACCUGACACAGGACCAGCCGGUCCCUGUCUAUAAGCUGGAGGCUGGGGGACUGAUGGGGAACAAUGCCAGGGCACCUGUCCUCACCUGUCAGUUCAACCAACAUCAAAACAACUUGAUCGCCACCGGUGAUGCUACGGGGUGUAUUCAAGUGUUCCGAAUCAGUGACAGCCUUAAAACGCCGCUGUCACGUGACCUGGAGAUUCUGGGAGAUUUAGUAGACAUCACUACCGAGUCCUAGCUCCUUCUCAGCAGAGUACUGUGAUAUUGAUUGAUUAAAAUCCGUCCUCUCAACUAAUUAUUUGUAGUUGGAUAUUUUGAAAAUUUGAUUUAAAAAAACCAAUCAACAACCAAAACUCAUGUCGUCCAUUACGUGAAUACAUGCGGUUUUGAUCGCAGAAUGAAGUGUCAGAAAUGUAAUAGCUGCGUUGUGCCUCUCAGUAAAAUAGCUAUUGAAAUAAAAUUUACGUUAUUUUGUCGUUUUUUAACCGGGUUUUCCAACGGAAAAAUCCGGUUAUUAAAAUGGUGAAUAUGGCGGGCGGGCGGCUGCCAAAAGGGUACCCUCAUUGUACGGAUAACUCCUCCUAUAGUUUUCAAGAUAGGAAGUUGCUCUUUUGCAGAUUAAUUGUACAUAUAUCAGAGGUGUGUAUAUUGCUAGGAUUUUGAUUUCCGAUAAUUUAUCGAAAAAAUACUAGCUUUUGAACUUAGUCAUUUUUGGCAAAAUAUUGCAUAUAGGGUACCCUCAUUGUACGGAUAACUCCUCCUACAGUUCACAAGAUUGGAAGUUGUUCUUUUGCAGAUCAAUUGUACAUAGGGUAUAUCAGAGGUGUGCAUAUUGCUAGGAUUUUGAUUUCUGAUAAUUUAUGAAAAAAAUACCAGCUUUUGAACUUCGUCAUUUCUUGGCUAAAUAUUGCAGAUAGGGUACCCUCAUUGUACGGAUAACUCCUCCUACAGUUCUCAAGAUAGGAAGUUGUUCUUUUGCAGAUCAAUUGUACAUAUGUCAGAGGUGUGCAUAUUGCUAGCUAGGAUUUUGAUUUCUGAUAAUUUAUGGAAAAAAUUCCAGCUUUUGAACUUCGUCAUUUUUUGGCAAAAUAUUGCAUAUAGGGUACCCACAUUGUACGGAUAACUCCUCCUACAGUUCUCAAGAUAGGAAGUUGUUCUUUUGCAGAUCAAUUGUACAUAUAUCAGAGGUGUUGCAUAUAGUGUACUCCAUUUCACUGGAUACGGGUUGACAUGGAUUAUGGAUACAGUUCACAUAAAAGAAAACCCGGUUUGCUGUCACAUUGACAGCUUUUCACUUGUUUUUUUUACUUCAAUGGCGUAGAUCUAUAUUAAAAGAAAAUCAUACAUCUGAAUUGACACAGAAUAUGAUUUAUAGUCAUAAAUAAUAAUUAAAAUUAUCAAUUAAUUGUAAUUAAUAU